GGACGCUAUUACAGGAAGAAGCUACAGCGUAUCAACUAUCAGCUACCAAAGUCCUCUGUUUAUGGAGCUUGGCAUGAAUAUAUUUGAGAUUAACUGGGGUAAAACCUUAAGCUUCUUCACCGUUUUUGUUGUUGCUCUCGCCGCUGUUUUUAAUUAUCUGGAAAGUUCAGAGACUGAGGAGAUCCCAAGAAUGGAUCUGAACGCGAUGGAGGAGAAUUACAGACAGAAGAACAGAACCUGCUUCAUUCUCGGCGCGUCAGGUGAGACCGGAAAGGCCCUGCUGAAGGAAAUAGUGGAGCGCAACAUCUUCUCCAAGAUCACUCUCAUUGGACGAAGGCAGUUAACCUUCGAGGAUAAAACCUAUGAAAAUCUGGUGCAAAAGGUGGUUGAUUUUGAGAAGCUGGAUGAAUACGCUGAGGCUUUUCAGGGCCAUGAUGUUGGAUACUGCUGUCUAGGAACAACCAAGGCCAAAGCAGGAGCUGAAGGGUUUGUGCGGGUGGAUCAUGACUACGUACUCAAGUCUGCAGAACUUGCCAAAGCAGGAGGCUGCUCACAUUUUCACCUCGAAUCCUCCAAAGGUGCAGACAAAACCAGCAGCUUUCUCUACCUGAAAACUAAGGGACAGGUUGAAGCAGAAAUUGAAGACCUUGGGUUUGAGCGUUUCUCCAUCUAUCGACCAGCGGUGCUCUUAGUGGCCAGAGAGGAGAGCAGGCCAGCUGAAUGGGUGGCCCAGAAAUUUCUUGGUGCUUUCUCCUCUGUUUUCCCUACAAUGUCUAUUUCCAUCACUGCAGUGGCCAGAGCUAUGGUUAUCAACACGCUUAAAGAUGGAGGAAAGAAAGUGGAAAUUCUUGAAAACAAGGCCAUAUGCAAUCUUGGAAAAAUUGGAGACAAAAAAUAAAACCUUUAUUUUUUUUUUUAUUUUUUUUUUAUUUAAUUUUUUUUUUACUUAAGUGCAAUUCUGGCUUGGUGUGAUUCUUCAGCGGGAUAAUCCAAAAUAUUUUUUUACUGCAGUUUACUUGGAUGUAAUUAUCAUAUUAAGUAUUUAAAAACUGAUUGACACUAAUUUAAUAUGUGCUGUGUUUCUGUAUGCUUUAUUUUUGGGCUCUGGUGCUUUUUUUGUUAUGUAAUUUUAUAUUGCUCAGGAAAAAAUAAAUUAUAUUCAUGGUUGACAAUAA